AUGAUGGAAUUAAAUAGAACGCGCAAAGGGCCGCUGCCUGGAGGUCGCCAGGGCGCGUCUGGAGCUGGCGCUGGACGCGGCAGCAUGCGAACCGCCAGCCGAGCGCGUGGUGCUGCACGACCACCCAGCAGCCCCUCGCAUCCAUCAUCCCCACCAGCUGGCUUGGUGUCGGCAGGGUCUUCGCGGGCCCAGCAAUCGGCACCCGCCUGUGGUGGAGUACGCCGCAUGCGUUGGACAACCCAGAUGAACAGCAACGCAUUGCGGGCGUAUUUUAGGGCGAUAGGGGGAGAAACUGGAUCUUUGGCGUAUCGGGCUAGGAUGCAUCGUCUUUUUGCUGAGCUGGAGCCAUCUUUAACCGUCACAGAGCAAAACCUGGCAGACCGAGUUCGGUAUAUCUUGCGCUCAAAUAUAUUUGAUGUCGCCGAACUCGAACGGCUACGAUGUGAGGCUGUUCCCUCGUCGGAUGAGAAUGCUACGGCUGAGGAUGCGGCGCCACAUAUGGUAGAGCAACCCGCAAACGUGGAUGUCGCCGUGAAUACCCCAGUUUUUGUUGAUUCAAACGAUGAUGGAACAGUCGCCCAGGAACUGGAAUUAGAGCAUAUGAGGAGUACAUUGGAAGAGGCGAUUGUGGAAACGCGCAGUACGCCUCUCGAAAAUCGACCGCGACUUCCCCGCAUAGCCCUAAGAAAGUGGAAUCGGGCUGUCGUGAGGGCUCUGAACCCAAUGCUGGUGACCUAUUUGGAAGCCAGCCGGGACCUUUGCGAGACGGACUCAAUUCUUUUUGGCGCCGCGCAGGCAGUCUGCCGUAUCAUAGGCGCCAAGGUUUCCACGGCUGGACGUGCUACUGGCCAUAGUAGCGCUAUCCCAGCAUGGAGAAGAAGAAUUGAGGAACGUAUCGCAAAGGCUAGAGCUCUCAUCGGCAGACUGAUAUGCUUCAGAUCAGGCAACAACAGGCCAAGAAUUAUGCGCACCGUUAGGAUGGCGUUUGCUGGGAUAAAUGUCAGUUUGUCCCAGCCGGAUAUAACGCAAAAACUGACGGAGCGCAUAGAUGAUCUGAAGCAGAGAAUCGCUGCUUGGGGAAAGCGGAUUCGGCGAUAUACCGAGAGGUCGACACGGUUCAACCAGAAUCGUCUCUUUCAGAGUGAUCAGAAGAGGCUCUAUGAAUCAUUGGAGCGACCAAUGGUAAGUGGCGCGGCAUUCUGGCGCGGCCUGUGGUCAGAGCCCGUAAACCACAGCGAGGGCCCUUGGACGGAAGUUGUGGCGAGUCAGUGUGCGGGUAUUACGCCCAUGGACCCCGUCAUCAUAACGCCGGAUGACGUAGCUGAGGCGGUCCGUAGGGCCCCGAACUGGAAAAGUCCGGGGCUUGACGGGCUGCAUCACUACUGGCUGAAGGGGUUCAUGGUGUGUCACUCUGUGCUCGCCCGACAGUUUCAAGAGGCUCUCAACCAGAAGUCGCUCCCAAGCCUCUUCACUACUGGGAUCACUCAUUUGGUUCCUAAAGACCAGGCAACUCUUUUGCUGGUGCAUUAA